AUGUCGGCCGAUUCUAUCGUUUCUAUUGCAUGGGAUGUCUUAAAGAGCUAUGUAGUUGUUCCCAUCAAGCGUCGAUUCGAAUAUGUGAUCUCCUCCAAGAGUUUCGCCGACCGUCUUCGGGAGGAAGUCCAGAAUCUGAAUAUCGAGGCUGAUAGGGUCCAGAUUCUUGAAAAAGCGGCCAAAAACAAUGUUCGGAACUUCCACAGUACCUUCACGAACUGGAAGGCAAGUUGUGAGGAGAACUUGAAGGAGGCGCAAGGACUGUUGGACGCCUCCGACGAGGCAAGCAAGACCUGCUGCUACGGGACCCUUCCCGACCCCAAAUGUCGCUAUCAGUUCAGCAUGAAGGCCGAGGCCGAGAUCAAGGUCAUUCGUGAACUCGCUGAAAAAUGCAACGGAUUCAAGGAAUUGAAAGACAUCUGUUUCAUCGAUCCUUCUCCGGGGGAUGUCACUGCAAUGACCUCUGCGUCUUCUGCCUCGACAUCGAUUAAGCUUGCAGACUAUGACAUCUUCGAAUCUAGAGUUCAAAUCAUACGGGGCAUCAAGGACGCUCUUGCCGAUGACAGCAACAGCGUGGUCGGGGUUCAUGGGAUGGGCGGGCUUGGCAAGUCCACGCUUUUGGAGGAAGUCAAAAGGAUGAUUAGCGAAGAGAAGUCAUUUGAUUGGGUCGCUAAGGCCAACGUGUCGGAAAAUCCAAACAUCUGGACAAUUCAAGGAGAGAUUGCGGAUGCCUUGGGCCUUACUGACAUAAAGACCAAAGAGACUACCGCCGGGCGAGCGGAACUUCUACAACAGAGGUUGAAAGAGGAGAGUAAGAACAAGAAGGUCCUCAUAAUACUGGAUAACUUGUGGAAGGGGCUAGACUUGAAAUCAGUCGGCAUUCCUUGUGGACAUGAUAAUAAAGUCAUAGGAUGCAAGUUAUUGUUGACGUCAAGAGAUCGAGAUAUUUUAAAAAGUGCAAUGGGCUGCGACAAGGACUUCCUCCUUGGUGAGCUAGAGGAGGAAGAGGCAAAAAGGUUGUUUGAGAAGUUUGCGGGAGACAAAGUUCAUGAUAAUGAGUUCAAACCCUUGGUGGAUGAAGCGCUCCACAAAUGUGCAGGUUUGCCUUUCCUUAUUGUCAGUAUGGCAAAAUAUUUUAAAGGCGUAGGUUUGCCUGAAUGGAAGAUUGCUUUGAAACAAAUCAAGUUGUCUAAAAACAAACACCUUCGUGGGGUGAUAAAUGACAUGUUGCAAUUGAGUUAUGAUCAUUUAAAAGGCGAAGAGAAGUCUUUGCUAGCGCUAUGUGUUGUUUAUGGCACCUCUAAUCCCUCUUUUGAAAACUUGGUGAGGUAUGGCGUUGGUUGGGGGCUAUUUCGAGAAGAUGACAACAUAGAAGAAGCUAGAGAAAGGUUGAGAUUGGGGAUUCGUACUCUUCAAGCCUCCUCCCUUUUGUUAGAGAAUGGAGAUGCUUAUGGUUUCAAAAUACAUGACUUGGUUCGUGAAUUUGUUGCCUCUGUUGCUUUUAGAGAUCACCCUCUUCUCGUGUUGAAAGAUAAAGAUAAGUCAAUAAUGGAGUUGCCGAAGGACAAGCUCAAAAGUUGUAGGGCAAUAUGCUUUCCAUAUGUUGACAUAAAUGAGCUUCCCCAAGAAUUAGAUUGCCCAGAAUUGCAGAUCUUUUUGCUGUUCACAUACGAUGAAUCUCUUAAAGUCUCAUAUUCGUUAUUUUACUCUAUAAGGAAGCUCAUGGUCUUAAAUCUUAUUGGGAUACAUCUCACUUGCUUCUCUUCAUCGUUUCAAUUCUUGGAGAACUUACGCACUCUGUGUCUUGACUAUUGUUCGUUAGAUAAUGUAGCCAUUCUUGGCGAGCUGAAAGGGUUAGAAAUUCUUAGCUUGAAGGGCUCUGAUAUUCAUCAAUUGCCAAGAGAAAUUGGGCAACUGGCAAACCUAAGGUUGUUAGACUUGACUCGGUGUAAUAAACUUAAGAUAAUUGAAUCAGGUGUACUUCGAAGCUUGUUCAAAUUGGAGGAGUUGUACAUGAAGAAUAGCUUUGACCAAUGGAAUGUUGUGGAGCAAACUCCACCAACUAGUGCUAGUCUGAUUGAAUUGAAUCACAUGAAGAAGCUCCACACUCUACAUUUGUCCAUUCGUAGUCCGAGUAUGCUCCCAGAGGAUCUAAAUGUCGAGAAAUUAACCAAGUAUGAAAUUCGAAUAGGUAAUGCCGGCAACUGGUGUCUUGAGUGCAAAGGAUCGAGGACAUUAGAGCUCGGGUUGGAUCCAUUAAGUGAUGUUCUCCCAAGAGUAUUCAUACAAAGCAUCUCUGGCACAGCUAACUGUCUGCUUUUAGACAAGUUCGAUGGAUGUGAGAAAAGCAUUUGUUCAUUAUCCCAAAAUGGUUUUCCAAAAUUGAAGCAUCUAAAGGUCACGAAUAGUUCCUCCAUCCAAUACAUUCUCCGAUCGCCAUCCCAUACAUAUUUUGAGACAUUGGAGUUGUUACUUCUCGAGAAUCUCAUCACCUUGGAGAAGAUAUGCACCAACAAUAUCUCCUCCAAGUCCUUCAAUACAUUAAAAGUAGUACGAGUCAAAAGUUGUAACAAGAUGGAAGUAUUAUUUCCUCUUUCAAUAUUGAAAGGACUUCCACGGCUAGAAGAGAUCGAAGUUGUCAAGUGCAAGUUAAUGCGUGGGAUUGUAGAAGUUGAUGUUUGUAGCAAAGUGAAGUUGCAUAACUUGCAUGUCUUGAAAUUGUGUAACUUGCCAGAUAUCAAGAACUUUUUAGAUACUAAGUCAACUCCUUCAAGUAGUACAUCAAAUGACCAAGUUAGCACUCAAAUUGCAUUCUUCAAUGGGCAACAGGUUGCCUUUCAGAGAUUGGAGACAUUAGAAAUCAGUGGCUUGCAUAGCCUUGAGUUUAUAUUUUUCCCAUCCAUGGUUAGAUCUCUCACACAAUUGAAAGAACUGACUAUAUCGUAUUGUGAAAAGACAGAGGCGAUCAUUAUGGAGGAAGAAGGGUUGGGAAUGGAAACAUUAGAAAAUUUGGCAUUCCCGAUGUUAACCAAUUUACGCUUAAUACAAUUGAAAAGUUUGAGGUGCUUUUCUCGUGGAAAGUGUGCACGAGAAAGUCAAAAUCAAGAUCGCGUCAAAUCAUGCCACACUAUACUCUUCAAUCAAGAGUGUUUUACUAACAUUAAAAGAGAGAAGUCAGUAAACUGA